AUGGAUGAUACUGCUUCUUGGAUGGGUACUCGUGCUACAAUCAGUUACGCAUUGCCCCAGAAGAUGUUGAGAAGACCACAUCACUUGCCCGUCAGGUGUAUGAUGUCUAUAUUAUCCGAUUUGAGUGGGAAGUGUCUAGAAGUAUUCAUGGAUGAUUUCACCCUCUUUGGUGAUGACUUUGAGGAUUGCUUGAAGAAUUAUGAGCUCGAGAAGUGCCGCUUCAUGGUAAAAGAGGGAAUUGUCCUAGGCCACAAAGUAACUCCACAAGGAAUUGAAGUUGACAGAGCCAAGGUUGAUGUAAUUGCUAGGAUCCAUCCACCAACUUCUAUGAAAAGCAUAAGGAGUUUCUUGGGACAUGUUGGGUUCUAUAGGGGGUUCAUCAAAAACUUCUCCAGCAACCAAGCCGUUGACUGUAUUGCUAGCAAAAGAUGUCAAGUUUGUUUUCACCGUGGAGUGAUUAAGAGCAUUCGAUUGAUAAAGGAAAAGCUUGUGAGAGCUCCUAUUACGGUGACACCUAAUUGGAGCCAGCCAUUUGAGAUAAUGUGUGAUGCUAGUGAUGUAGUUGUGGGAGCAGUUUUGGGCAAAGAAAAGAUAAGAUGUUUAGGCCCAUUUACUAUGUUUAGAUCAUACCUGGUGGGGAGUAAAGUGAUUGUACACACUUAUCAGUCAGCCUUGAAAUACCUGUUGAGUAAGAAGGAGUCCAAGCCACAUCUGAUGCGGGAAGAGUUCCCUGAUGAGCAUAUUUUCUCUAUUGAUGUUGUCCUCGAAAGACCGCCUUGGUAUGCUGAUGUAGCCAACUUUUUGGCUAGUAGAUGGUUGUCGCGUGACCUCUCUCGUGAUCAAAGAAGGAAGCUUCAAGAUGGUGUGAUUCGAAGGUGUGUGCCUGAAGGAGAGAUGGCAAGCAUUCUUUCUCAUUCCAUGAUGGAGCGGCUGGAGGACACUAUGGUGGAAAUUGCAUUGCAACAAAGGUCAUGGAAGCCGAUUUCUGUUGGCCUACUUUGUACAAAGACGCAUGGGCGACCAAUGAUGCUCGGGUGGUGUGUGAGUUCUUACAGAAGAACAUCUUUACCCGCUUUGGGACACCUUGAGGUGAUUAUCAGUGACAAUGGGUCGCACUUUGUGAACAAGCAGUUUGCUGCAUUGUUGUCCAAGUAUGGUGUCACAAACAGAACAGGAACCCCCUACCAUGCCCAAACUAGUGGGCAAGUUGAAGUGGCUAACCGUGAACUUAAACUAAUUCUUGAAAAGACGAUUAGUGCUUCUCGUGUACAUAGGUUGGCGCAGAUGAACGAAUUGGAGGAGUUUAGACAGGACGCGUAUGAAAAUAUGCAAAUUUUUAAGGAGAAGACAAAGAGAUGGCAUGAUCAUCUGAUUAAGCCGAUGGAGUUUCAUGAAAGGGACAGAGUCUUACUAUACAAUAGUAGACUUAGGUUGUUUCUCGGAAAGUCCAUUUAA